UUUUUUUUUUUUCCUUAAAAAAAAAAAAAAAGAGUCCUGUAUUUAUCUCUGAGCUGUGAAUCUCGGAAUUUUGAAAGUCUUCUCUUUAUCACCAAAUCAUCUCAAGAAGACGCUGCAGAGUUUCUCUCGAUUCAGUUGAUAUCUAUUUGGCAGUGUUGAAGAUACCGAGAGGGAGAGAGAUUGAUCAAAUAUGGCAACAUUUGCAGGGACAACCCAGAAGUGUAAGGCAUGUGAGAAGACUGUGUACUUGGUGGAUCAGCUUACUGCUGACAACAAAGUCUAUCACAAGGCUUGUUUUAGGUGCCACCACUGUAAGGGUACCCUUAAGCUGAGUAAUUACUCCUCCUUUGAAGGUGUUUUGUAUUGCAAGCCACACUUUGAUCAACUAUUUAAGAUGACUGGAAGCUUGGAUAAAAGCUUUGAAGGCACUCCAAAAACCGUUAGAGUUGACAGAUCUGUCGAUCAGGUCCAUAGCAACAGCAAAGUUUCAAGCAUGUUUGCUGGAACGCAGGACAAAUGUGUUACUUGCAAGAAAACCGUUUAUCCACUUGAAAAGGUGGCAGUUGAUGGUUCAUCUUAUCACAAGGCCUGUUUCAGGUGCACCCAUGGAGGCUGUGUAAUCAGCCCAUCAAACUAUGUAGCCCACGAGCAUCGUCUCUAUUGUAGGCAUCAUCACAACCAACUCUUUAAGGAGAAGGGAAAUUUCAGCCAACUUGACAGGCAAGACCAGGUUAAACCAGUGACUGAGAAUGCAGCAGCAGAGUGAGAAUGUAAAUUUUUCACAAAUCUUGAAAUGUGUGAUACCUCAAGGAGUUUGAUGCAAUUGUCAAAGCAUGCUAGAACGUUUAUCGCUAUAGUAUGUUUUAUGAGGAAAUUGAUAUUCAGUUGCGGAGUUCCAGCUUGUUGGUAACUUUUUUUGAGUGUGAGCUUUGAAUGUUUAAUAAUUAGAGUUUUUGGUGUCACAGACCUUUCAAUAGACCAUGAACUUAAAGCGCAAAGGUUCUAUCUUUUAUUUCAA